AUGGCUAAGAAAGUUGACAAACCCAUAAGAGAUCACAUUAUUGGGAGAGAAGAGAUUCGAACCACUUUGUUACGACAGUUGCGCGAAACUAAUAGGUGUCGUGAUAUUUUACGAAUGGGCUCACAUGCCUUUUUAGAGUUAUGUGCAAAAUUAAGAGCAACCGGUCAUGUGAAGGAUACUAUACAUGUCACAGUUGAGGAGCAAGUAGCUAGAUUCUUAUAUAUUAUAGGUCAUAAUGUUAAAAAUAGAACCAUUUCAUUCUUCUUCCACCGGUCUGGAGAGACAAUCAGUCGUAAUUUUCAUGCUGUUCUAAGAGCUGACUGUAUUGGAGCCAUUGAUGGAACACAUGUCAGAGUCAAGGUUCCAAUAGCUAAUCAACCUAGAUUUCGUGGAAGAAAAGAAUGGUCAACUCAGAAUGUACUUGCUGCGUGUGGCUUUGAUAUGAGAUUCACAUAUGCUUUAACAGGAUGGGAAGGCACUGCAUCUGACUCUAAAGUUCUUAAAAGUGCACUAUCAAGGGAUGAUAGGCUCAAAAUUCCAAGAGGCAAAUUUUAUCUUGGGAAUGCUGGAUUCAUGCUUAAACAUGCUCUAAUAACUCCAUAUCGAGGCGUAAGAUACCAUUUAAAGGAGUUUGCUGGACGUGAACCUGAAAAUGCAUAUGAAUUAUUUAACCUUCGUCAUUCUUCGUUACGAAAUGUGAUCGAAAGAUCCUUUGGAGUUUUGAAAAAAAGAUUUGCAAUUAUAGCAGGUGGUACAGAACCUUAUUAUGACGUAGAGGUUAUGGUUGACAUUAUCCUAGCAUGCAUUAUACUCCACAACUUUUUAAUGGGUGUAGAUCCUGACCAACACUUAAUUUCUCAAGUGGAUCGAGAAUUACAAAAUAAUAAUCCAGAAGCCACUAAUGAAGAAAGAGAAGAAGUAAAUGAAGAUUACCGGCGAGGUGCAGCGCUUAGGGAUAACAUGGCGGCUCAAAUGUGGGCUGAUUAUCAAAUUGAAAGAUGA